AUGGUCACUCCGCUGAUCGGGCGUCAAGACGUGCACAUCAGCACCGAAGAGAUGACUGAGGCGGACGAGGCUGAUGUUGAGGCCAGUGUUCGAGAGGCCCUACGGCUUCUGGAAGACUCAACCGAGGACGCAGACGAAGAGGAGAGCGAGCGAGAGGGAGAGCAGUGGAAGGCCGAGAGGGCGGAAACAGUCUACCUGGACUUUGUGCACGAAGUGAUGGAGGACAGAUGGAUGCUGGAUGACAGAGACGAGCAGCAUAAUGAGCUCUGGAGGACGACCGAAGAGCAAGCCUACACAGCGAAAGGUCGAGUAUACUACUACAACCGACGCACACGAGAGUCGUCUUGGAAAAAGCCGAGUCAUUACAAUUCGAGCUCGAACCAACCGCAGCCGUCUGCUGUAGAUACGGGAGAAGAGUCGGAGCUGCAUCACUCUGUGUUGCGUCAGAGUCUUGGCUAUCAUCCUUCAGCUUCGCCUUCAGCAUCGCCAAUGUCCAAGAUAGAGCGACAGGCGACUUUGUACUGCAAUUUCUGCGGCGAACAGCAGCCGGCAGACCAGCUAGCCACGCACUUUCAAGACUGCGCGUCCGUCAAGUUCCACAGGCGUCGCUUGUCUCCGCUGUAUAUGAGUUUUGAACGUGCUCUUGGAGCCAUGUCUGAAGACUCCACACUACGCUCGCUGCAUUACGCUUCGUCGUUCCCGGAUCCUAUACCUCAUAGACGCCCAGAGGCGACGACGAUGCAGGAUAGUUUGGUAUUGCUGCGUCCACGUCGUCGUCGUACUAGUAGAAGCUCCACGGAGAGUACACCGCAAAAGCCACGUACCACCCAAAGUAGAAUCUUCGGUACAACAGAGAACGGGUUAAAGGUGUCGCCAACGAAGCAAGAGGUUCCAGAUACGUCGCCGUCACGUCCAACUACUCAGACUGCGACUGCGAAACGGAAGAAGAAGAGUGUAGCCAAGAGAAAGAGCUCUCAGGCCCCGACUACUGCAAUAUCAGGAGGCUCAGUGCCGCAGAACAUGGAGACGUGUCGCUACUGCAACCGGAGCUUUGCUGAAGGGCGACUGGCCAAGCAUGAGGCGGUGUGUCCUCGUGUGUUUGGUAACGAAGGGUCUUGGGGACGGGGAACGCCAUCAAGUCAGACUUCCCCGCUUCAGCCGAAAAGCACUGGCGCAGGAACACCCCCGAGUUCUGUUGGCUCCAUAGCCUCCAAAAUGCACAAGUUAAAGGACCACACACUGCAACAGAGCUACAAAGAGCACCAGGCCACGCUGGUGCUCUGUCCAUGUUGUCGUCGCAAAUUCGCUCCUUCAGGUGCUCAAGAGCAUAUAGCGAUCUGUAAAGGGGUGCAGAAUCGUCCGAAGAACCCCAUCCCAUUGCUACGUGACUAUGCUAUGGCUGGCUAG